ACCAUGCUGGGCUGCGGCCGUCUGAGGCGGCUUUUCCGCCAGCUCACCCUCCAGACCAGCCUGCUGCUGCUCUUCGUCUUCUGCAUGGUGAGCGUCUUCAUCUCCGCCUACUUCCUGUACGGCGUGAAGCGGGAGCUGGAGCCGGCGGCGGGCGCCGGGGCUGAGGGGGCCUCUGCGGACUGCGAUGACCCCAAGGUCACACCCUCGCGGCUGCUCCCGCUGAAGACGGCGCGGCCCGCCGACGCGGCACGCACUGACCCCGUGGUGCUGGUGUUUGUGGAGAGCCUCUACUCCCAGCUGGGCCAGGAGAUUGUGGCCAUCCUGGAGUCCAGCCGGUUCCGCUACCGCACCGAGAUCUCGCCCGGCAAGGGCGACAUGCCCACCCUCACUGACAAGGACCGCGGCCGCUUCGCCCUCGUCAUCUACGAGAACAUCCUCAAGUACGUCAACCUGGACGCCUGGAACCGCGAGCUGCUUGACAAGUACUGCGUGGAGUAUGGUGUGGGCAUCAUUGGCUUCUUCAAGGCCAAUGAGAACAGCCUUCUGAGCGCCCAGCUGAAGGGCUUCCCCCUCUUCCUGCACUCGAACCUGGGACUGAAGGACUGCAGCGUCAACCCCAAGUCCCCGCUGCUCUUCAUUACGCGGGCCCGGGAGGUGGACCGCGGCCCGCUGCCGGGCGACGACUGGACCGUCUUCCAGUCCAACCACUCCACCUACGAGCCGGUGCUGCUGGCCAAGACUAAGUCGGCGGAGAGCAUCCCGCAGCUGGGGGUGACCGCUGCGCUGCACACCUCCGUCGUGCAGGACCUGGGCCUCCACGACGGCAUCCAGCGCGUCCUCUUCGGCAACAACCUCAACUUCUGGCUGCACAAGCUGGUCUUCGUGGACGCCGUGUCCUUCCUCACCGCCAAGCGCCUCUCGCUCUCCCUCGACCGCUACCUGCUGGUGGACAUCGACGACAUCUUCGUGGGCAAGGAGGGCACCCGCAUGAAGGUUCCUGACGUCAAGGCCCUGCUGGAGACUCAGAACAGCCUCCGUACCCACGUCCCCAACUUCACCUUUAACCUGGGGUUUUCCGGAAAGUUCUUCCAUGCAGGCACAGACGAGGAGGACCUGGGUGACGACCUGCUGCUGUCCUACGUGAAGGAGUUCUGGUGGUUCCCUCACAUGUGGAGCCACAUGCAGCCGCACCUCUUCCACAACCAGACCGUGCUGGCGGAACAGAUGCUGCUCAACCGCAGGUUCGCCGCGGAGCACGGGAUUCCCACCAACAUGGGCUACGCCGUGGCCCCCCACCACUCGGGGGUGUACCCCGUGCAUGUGCAGCUGUACGAUGCCUGGAAGAAAGUGUGGGGCAUCAAGGUGACCAGCACGGAGGAGUACCCCCACCUGAAGCCUGCCCGAUUCCGCCGGGGCUUCGCCCACAGCGGGAUCAGCGUUCUGCCCAGGCAGACGUGUGGGCUCUUCACUCACACCAUCUUCUAUAAGGAGUAUCCAGGAGGACCCAAGGAGCUGGACAAGCUCAUCAAUGGAGGAGAACUCUUCCUCACAGUACUGCUCAACCCUAUCAGCAUCUUCAUGACCCACCUGUCCAACUACGGGAACGACCGGCUGGGCCUGUACACCUUCAAGAACCUGAUCCGCUUCCUGCAGUCCUGGACCAACCUGAGGCUGCAGACCCUGCCCCCUGUGCAGCUGGCACAACGCUACUUCCAGAUCUUCCCAGAGGAGAGAGACCCACUCUGGCAGGACCCCUGUGAGGACAAAAGGCACAAAGACAUUUGGUCAAAAGAGAAGACGUGUGACCGGUUCCCCAAGCUCCUCAUCAUCGGACCACAGAAGACAGGCACCACUGCGCUCUACCUCUUCCUCGGCAUGCACCCCGAUCUGACCAGCAACUACCCCAGCAAGGAGACCUUCGAGGAGAUCCAGUUCUUCAACGGCCACAACUACCACAAGGGAAUUGACUGGUACAUGGAGUACUUUCCCCUGCCCUCCAACACCAGCUCGGACUUCUACUUCGAGAAGAGCGCCAACUACUUCGACUCAGAGGUGGCGGCGCGGCGGGCAGCGGCGCUCCUGCCCAAAGCCAAGAUCAUCACCAUCCUCAUCAACCCCGCGGACCGGGCCUACUCCUGGUACCAGCAUCAGAGAGCCCACGACGACCCCGUCGCCCUCAAGUACACCUUCCAUGACGUCAUCACGGCCCCCCAUGACGCCCCCAUCAAGCUGCGGGUCCUCCAGAACCGCUGCCUGGUACCGGGCUGGUACGCCACUCACCUGGAUCGAUGGCUUAAUCAUUAUCACCCCAGCCAGCUUCUGGUUCUGGACGGGCAGAUGCUCAGAACCGAGCCGGCCUCAGUGAUGGAUAAGAUCCAGAAGUUUCUGGGACUGGCAAACACCGUCAACUACCACAGAAUCUUGGCGUUUGAUCCCAAGAAGGGAUUCUGGUGUCAGCUACUGGAAGGAGGCAAGACCAAGUGUCUGGGGAAGAGCAAAGGCAGAAAGUACCCAGAGAUGGACUCGGAUUCUCGCUCCUUCCUGAGAGAGCACUACCGGGAGCACAACGUGGAGCUCUCCAAACUGCUGUACAGGAUGGGACAGCCCCUGCCCAGCUGGCUCAGAGAGGAGCUGCUCAACACCAGGUAGCGAGAGGCGCGGGGGGGAGCGGAGACAGGCGCUGGACCAGCCGCCUAUCGUCCGCUCUUCCCUCUGCCCGCCGCCGACCGACACGCCCAGCCAGGAGCCGAGAGAGACCGCCACCGCCGCCGCCAGAGGACCUCAGAGAACCCCCGGCCGGGGUCGUCCUCUGGCAGGAGGACACGGGAGACAGGUGGAAAGGACAUUCGGUGACGGCACACCCUGGGAAACGGGACACCGUUCGAAAUUUUUUUUCAGGAGACUAAAAAACUAUUGCACCCCCCACCCCUACCCCUGCCCGAUCCCCUAUCUGGACCCCCAGGCCGUUGUCAGCGCUAAUAUUGGGGGGGCGCAGGCACAUAGCACAGGAGUGGGUGAGGCCGCCUUUUACACCCCACCCCUCCCUACGCACGAAUACACACACCUUUGCUUUUGGGAGAUGGAGACUUGAGCUGUCUGCUCAGUGCCAGUUAUUACGUACACUAGCCAUUAAUGGAAGUAAGUGCCAGGGUGGAAUCCUCAUUCCCAAUUAACAUGGACAUGGACAAGUUCUUCUUUGAGUUCUUAUUUUCUCAUUUCUUUUUUUUUAAGUGGUUUGUUUUUGCUUUUUUUAAUGGUCUUGAUCUGUUAAAGCUGCAGGUAUAUUAUCUUAGAGUAUCGUGUUGUCACCAGCUGCAGAACAGUUGGUCAGCACUGUUUUAAUGUAUUUUUAAAUGAUUAAAAAUUUUUAAACAUCGGAGAAAGAAACAAGUUCGUAGCAAUGUCUGCACAAUGUGAGAGGGUGAUGUGCAGAAGUGGGUAUUAGGGGAAAAAAUGAAUUUUUUUGUGGCUGACUAUUAAACGAAAAAGAAUAGAGACAGAAGACACGUUUAAAGUAAUACAGCAAAGAGAGACCAGCUACGUCCUCCUAACACAGAACAGACUUGGUGUGCUACUGGCAGCCCGCAGGAGGUUUUCUCACGGCAUGCUGGUGCUGUCAUAGUUUGGAAGCAGAAGGAAAGUAGGACAGAAUUUUUAGGUGCAUUUUUCCCUCGGAACAGUUGCAGUUGCGCCAUAUCUAUAAUACAAGAAUGCAAUAUGACAAUGUAAUUUUUGGAAUGCAGCUCUAAAGUUGAACCCACUC